AUUCAAGAGAACGGAGCCCUUGAUACCGUAUGAUACUCUCCAGCACUCAAGCUCUUCUUCCUUGUUCAAAGUCAACGUCAAAAAAACAAUGGUCAUUACAACAAGAAGGAAAGGGUGACCCACAGAUUACAGUAGCAGUCAAUUAAUGGGGAUUUUCUGUAGCUGUUCAGCUCAGAAGCCAGCAACAACCCAAGAUCAAGACCCAACACCAAGCACCGCCGACCAUGUCAGUGCAGGCAGUGAUGACUUUGGAAACAGCUGGUUCUCUAGAGUAAGCACCAGCAUUACAACAUGGAUGUCUCAACCAAGUAGUAGCUUCACAACUAUCUGGGAUAAAAAUGUCCCUGAGAGCAGCCAAUUCUCAGAUGCAACUGGAAGUGGUGAUGGGACUAUGGCAAACGGGCAAAAUGCUACCAGCUCAAGCAUGAGAGUAUUCACAUUGGCGCAGCUGAGGGCUGCAACAUAUAAUUUUAGAUCCGAUAUGUUACUGGGAAAAGGAGGUUUUGGCACCGUCUAUAAGGGUUGGCUUAAGGAGAAGUUGCCUCCAAGUGGUAUAAAGAAGACUGUCGUUGCUGUCAAGAAAUUAGAUACUUUCAGCAUGCAAGGAUUAAACGAGUGGAAGGCUGAAGUGUAUUUCUCUGAAAAACAUUCUCACCCGAACCUGCAAGAACUACUGGGAUAUUGUUUGGAAAGUGGAGACCGCAUCCUUGUCUAUGAGUUCAUGAAAAAGCGAAGCUUAAAUUACCAUCUCUUUGGAAAGCGCUCAUUUCCACCACUUUCAUGGGACAUCAGGCUCAAGAUUGCUAUAGAUACUGCUCGUGGUCUGGCUUACUUGCACACAUUGGAAGAGCCAAUAAUUUACCGAGAUUUCAAGUCAUCGAAUAUACUACUCGAUGAGUUCUAUAAUGCGAAGCUAUCAGACUUUGGCUUGUCAUUUUGGGGUCCCUUGAUUGAUUCACAUGUCAGUACUGGAAUCGCAGGCACGAUAGGUUACAUUGAUCCGGAAUAUCUUGCAGCAGGACAUUUGCAUGUGAAGAGUGAUGUAUACGGGUUUGGAGUUGUUAUGGUUGAGAUGUUAACUGGUUUACGUGCAAUCGACAUGAAACGUCCAAGUGGGAAACAGAUACUUGUGGACUGGGCUAAACCUUAUCUGACAAACAGAAGCAAGUUGAAAAAUAUAAUGGACUCCCGGUUGAAAGGGAAAUUUCCUCCCAAAGAGGCUUACCAAAUAGCUCACCUUGCUAUUAAAUGUCUUCAACAUGAUCCCCGCUUCCGGCCAUCAAUGACAGAAAUUGCUGAGACACUCGAACAGAUUGAUGCCAUCCAUAUGAGAUUGGGUUAGCCUAAAAUUCAUUCUGGUUAUCAUAGUGGUUUGUAGUGUUUUAGUACUCUUCUUCAUUAGGUGUCAUCACAGAUGAGAGAUCUCUGGUAUACUUUCUUCAUACAACUUACACGAGAAUUCAUAAUUAGCUACCAUGAAAUGCUUUGAGUUUAUAUGACUAGCUGUAGCAGAAAGAGAUGGGCGUGUUUGGCGCAUCUUGCCAUGGACGCUUCUCAUUUGUUGUAUUCAUGCAGUAGUUCAAUUUUCCUUGGCAA